AUGCAGGAGGAGGACGGGGUAGAGACGCUGCACGAGAGCUUCGGCCAGACAAUCCGCGCCUCUUUGUGUUGCUCCUGCUGCGGCCUCGUAUUAUUCUUCGCCAGCAUCUUUCUGCUGGGAUGGAACGAGUUCAACUUUGUUCGCAACCAAAAGCUCCUGCUGGAAGUGGAAGACAAAGCUGUUCGCGCUAGCUGCACGCCAGACCCCAAGCACAAAGGUGCAAUCGUGUAUGUGUCCUGCCCAGUGGCCAGCAUGUAUGAUUUCGGGCCCUCCCUUCAGCAGCUGCAGCCGUUUGUUGACGACAACAUGACCGCCAUGUGGAUUUCGGUGAAGGCAACGACGGCUGUCCUUUGCGGCAAUUGCAAGCUGCUCAGAACUUCCACAAAUGGAGCCCAUACCAAACGGGUCAUUGGUUGCAACCAGACGUGCAUCCACCUGAUGCUUGCCGACCUUCAAACCUUCAAGCCUUUGCACGCUGUUCGACCCCCAACUCAGCUUGUGGCCCAAAGUCGGUAG